AUGGUCCGCUGUACAACAGCGGUCAUAUUCUUGGCAUCGGCCUAUGCCGCCAUUGGCCACCCUGUUGAUCCGAAUGCUGCUUAUACAGAUGUUGACCUGGGCAGCAACACCCCGUCAACGUACACAAACGAUCAUGCUCGUCGCCAAGUAUCACCUCAAAUCAGACGUAGAAGCGCUCCAGCACCAGCAGCAGCAACACCUGCUGCGGCAGCACCAGCAGCAGCGCCAGCAGCAGCAUCAGCCCAACCGGCUGCUCAACAAAACGCAACUCAGUCGGCAGCGAAACCAGCCACCCAGCCACAAGCCACAAACACAACCACAACCACCACGGCCCAGGGCCCCACGCGCAUCAGCAAAGCCGCCUAUACGUUAUAUUUUCACUGGGAGACCAAGCCCGUCGCCGUCGCGGGCCGCUGCGUUAAUGCAUUUUCCAACCUCGCUCACCUCGUCGCUGAGACGAUCCCGCAGUUCAAGCCAUACAAGGACAAGAAGGCUCUUGAUGCCAACAUUGAGAAGCGCGGCGCCGAGCUCCUGGAGCAGCACCGCGCGGCUGUCAAAGCCGCCGCUGCUUCUGUCGACGCCACGGCGACGCAGGACGCUGCCAAGGUGGCCGUUCCCGAUCCAAAAAAGCCGCCAAAGAAGGACGAGAAGGCGCCUGCAGUGGUUUACCCGCACAUCAAGGGGAUGCAGGGCGGUCAGGCAGUCUACAACAGGACCAAGGAGCCCGUUGCUGCGUUUCUGCGCCACCCCUUGUCUGACUUUUACCUCCACCACCAGGAUUUGAACUUGGAACUGAGCCCAAAGGCGGACUAUCACGAGGUACAGAGCCUCGCGGGGCCGUUUAACAAGGAAGACCGCGCGUUUCGCUCAGCCAUCGUCAACCUGCUGAUCCAGCGGCGUGGGGAAUACCUCAUCUCGUGGAGCGAGAACAAAAACAAUGACGUGGUGCGUGUGGCCAAGGACGACGUCACCAAGACGGAGGUAGGCGGCAAGAAACUCGAGUUCAAGAAGAGCUCUACCAUGCCAGUCGAGGAGCUGAUGUGGCAGACGUACGUCGAGAGCGUGGGUGCGCAAAACGCCACCAACCUCCGCGUGGUUGCAGCCAUGAAGAUCGUCGACGCCGACUUUUACGCCGUCAUGCGCGAGAACUACAAGGACGCCGACAUGGUCGCGGGCGAGCCCGUCAUCUGGAAGCCGACGGACGGGAAGCUAUUUAACCGUCUGGUGGGCACAGAGGUGCUUGCCAACAAGGUGCAGAUGCUGACGGCGCACCACGGGGCGACGGGAAACAGGGAAAUUGUAAGCAUUGUGACGUCGCCGGGGACGAAAUGGGCUGAUCCGUGGAUUGCGGCAAUUAUACUGGGGGAUGCCAAGCCGGCUGCCGCCGCCGCUCCGGCUGCUGCUCCUACCACCCCUGCUGUACCAGCUGCACCUGCUGCUAGUCCUUCUGCUACUUCUCCUGCUACCUCUUCUUCUACCUCUUCUACAGCUGCUGCCCCUGCUGCCCCCGCUACCACAUCUACUGCGGCCCAACCCGCGACGGCCACAGCUCCGCCGGCGACGACUACUCAACAGCCUGCAGCGGCGGCAACUCCAGCUGCCACACCAGCUGCCACACCAGCGGCCAAAGCGAACAGGAGACGUGCAAGGAGGUAA